GGUUUCGCGCCGCUCGGGGAGUUUCGGGUUGGCCCCCGCCCACCCGCCUGCCGUGUACAAACUUUAGUCCCGGGUGCAGUCCGCAUCAGCUAACUAGACCCGGGGCGAACGGUGAGCAGGGCGGGCAGAGGGGACCACCCUGUCACUGCGACCGGCGCUGCUGUCGGCACCUGGCCAUGAGGAACACCAGCAAGGAAGUGCAGGGUGUCUCGCACCGCUACGCUCCCUGCGAUUGGUAUUACCACCUGCCCACAAAGCGCUCUGAGAAGGCUGUGGAUGUCCCACCAGCGUCCCAGAUCCCGGGACUGAGUAAUCUGGGAGAAGCAUACAAUGGGAACACACUUGGAGCCAGGAGGUACUGGAUAAAAGAAACAGACUCAGAAUAUGUGAAGCUUGCAAAACAAGGUGGCAGACCUGAUCUGCUGAAGCAUUUUGCUCCUGGCACCAGGAAAGGCUCCCCAGUGGCCUAUGCCCUACCUGACUGGUAUAUCCACCACAGCAAGCCACCCACGACCCACCAGCAUGAAGUCCCUGUCGUCUCCAUGCCAGACUACAUGGUAUAUGAAGAAUUCAACCCUGGUCAGGCCAACAGCAGCUAUGAAUCCAAAAGAGGGCCCUUCGACUUUGACAUGAAAACAGUUUGGCAAAGAGAGGCUGAGGAACUUGAAAAGGAGAAAAAAAAGGUGAGGCUGCCAGCCAUUAACUCAAAAUAUCCAAGCAAAGUGGGGACCCCGCUUGGUCCUAAAGACACUGCUGGAAGCAGACUGUCUUUCCCUCCCAUGCCUGGUCAAAAAAACAGUUCCCCAACAAACUUUUCCAAACUUAUUAGCAAUGGAUAUAAAGAUGAGUGGUUACAGCAGCAGCGAGCUGAUUCCGACAAGAAGACGCCAAAGACACCCAGGGCCUCAGUGUCAUCUCAGUCCACCCAGGACCCUGAGAGGCCCCAGGAUACAGAGAUGCCCCAGGACCCAGAGGCUCCUGAAGGCUCUGAGAAAGCUCAAGAUGAGGUGCACCCACCAACUGAGUCUUCUCCUCCAAGCCCAGAAGUACCUCCACCAAUGUCGACACCAGCAGAGCUCAAAUAAACCUGGGUAUAAUUUUUAGGAUGACAUUUUUCGUAGCUAACUAUAAUACAAAUCAGGGCUAUAUUUAUAAGUCUCCUGUUUGUAUUUUAUUAAUAUAGAUUUUUACAGAACAAUUCAUCUUGCAGCAUAUUUGGCAUUGCUGAGGCAUAGAUGGUGGAAGUGUUGACUUUUGUUUCUUGCCUUUCUCUGGGGUGUUAAACACAACCUUGGCCUCAUUACCUUUUCCCUUGCUGACCUGGUGACAUCCCAGUGUCUUGGGACUAAUCACUUCC